UAGUUUGGAAGAAGAAAAGAAACCACAAAAGCUUAUUUGUUGCUGGGUGCGAGCUGACAGAAAUUCGCUACUGAAUGUUUUAACUGAGACAUUUAUUGUAUUGUUCUAAACAGUGUCCACUUCCACAGUAUCAGCAAUUCAACGGAUAUCUUAAAUCGGUGACCUGAAGUUGUUUAAAAAUGGCAUCACGGGGCCAGCAGGAGACCACUCGGCUGAAACAGAAUAUGGAAGCCCAGAUGGAGCGUUUGGUACAACAGUUAAUAGAUUUGGAAGAAUGCAAAGAUGAAUUGGAACCAGAAGAAUAUCAAGAGACCAAGGAUGAGACUUUGGAUCAAUUAAAAGAAUUUAAACAUUCUCUCGACAAACUGUUGCAAGGCAAUUUAAGUCUUGUUGAUGAAUUAAAUGGCAUGCAGUUGGCCAUUCAAGCUGCAAUCAGCAAUGCUUUCAAGACCCCAGAAGUCAUUCGGCUUUUUGCUAAAAAACAACCAGAUCAGCUACGGCAGAAAUUAUCAGAGAUUCAACGCGAUGCUAAAAUUGGUAAAAUACCUGCUGACCAAGCCAAACAACAGACUGUGGAGAUUCUGACAGCAUUGAAGAAUCUGGGAGAGGAACUAACAUCCGAUGAAUCAUUUUAUUUACAGAGUAAUUCGAGUGCCUCAAUGAAACAGUUUGAGGAAGUUGCCAUGACGAUGGGUGGCGGUGCUGCAUUGAAAGUUGCUGGGAACCAAGUUCAACAGGCAAAUAAAUGAGCAGUUCAACUCCCUUUUCUCUCUCUCUCCCUAUCUCUCUCAAUCUAUCUAUAUCCUUCUUUCUCUUCCUCUCUCUUUGUGUCUGUAUAUAUAUACAUAUAUAUAUAUAUACACACACACACAUACAUACACAAAAAUGAGACAGUUUCCUUCUCACAAACAUGCACUCAGUAUGCAUGCAUAUUAACAUAAACACACACACACAUAUAUAUCUUGCUUAAAAUACUUAUCUACGCAUUUACAUAUGCUGAGGAAACUGCUGAUAUUAAUAUUCAUACACACAUGCCCACAUACUGAUAUGCAUACAUAUAUAUAUAUAUAUAUAUAUAUAUAUAUAUACACAAACAUAGA